ACGAUGCAGAAAAAUACACCUCCUAGAUAGAUUUUUCGACCAGAAACUAUUCGCAAUACCAGCUAUACAAAAUGUCUACUAUUGAAUCCUUAGAUAGUGUAAUCUAUGGUGUGGCUCCGUCCAGAGUCAGUGAAAAUGAGUACACCCGGUUGAUCAACCAGCCCUUCACCUAUUUGUCUGAGAUUAAGGGCAAGAAGCUCAGAAACAUGUUGAUUGAGGCAUUUAAUAACGUUAUACAUGUCUCCAAUGACACCCCUGACGACCUGCCGACCAAGCUCGAGGUAAUCAUGGAUGUGGUUGAUAUUCUCCACACCGCUUCGCUUCUUAUAGACGAUAUUGAAGAUUACACCGACAUCCGCCGAGGAAAACCCAGUGCGCACACCGUAUACGGUAUCCCAUUGACGAUCAACUCAGGGAACUUUAUGUAUUUUAGGGCUGUUGAUCUUGUCAGGCGGUUUUUGACUCCCGAAUCCAUCGAGAUUAUUGUGAAGGAAUUGGAAAACUUUCACUUGGGUCAGGGAAUGGAGUUGUACUGGCGUGACACAUUCACUUGCCCUACAGAGAUUCAAUAUUUCCGGAUGGCUCUGAAUAAAACUUCUGGGCUUUUCAGACUCGCCGUCAGGCUCAUGCUCCAUAAUGUGAUUGACACCGAGAAACUCAUUGCCGAACAGUUGGAGCGGCAGACGAAGCUCGAACGCUUCGUAGUUCCGUUGGCAAACUUAUUGGGGGUUAUAUACCAAGUGAGAGAUGACUAUGUUAACUUAAAGUCCCUGACGUAUGCCUCUGAGUCCAAGGGCCAACUCGGAGAGGACAUCACCGAAGGCAAAUUCUCGUUUCCAAUGAUCCAUUGCCUCCAGACGUUACAUGCGAUCGAUCCGAUCCAGUACCAGUACCUCAUCAACAUCUUGAAAGAAAGAACGUCUGAUGUGGUGAAGAAAGAGCAGUUUAUCAAGGUAUUAGAAGACCAUGGUAGUUUCAAGUACACGUCAGAUAAAUUGGCCGAGUUUAGAAGCAAGGCUUUGAACAUGUUGUGGGAAUUAAAAAGCAACGGGUUUGACGGUUCGGAGGCGUUGGAAGCUGUUGUGCUUCAGUUGAGUGAAGUGGUGGAUUAGUCAGAGCAGGUACUAAUGGAACCAGACUUGUGACUCAGCUGCCGGAGCAAUUACAUAUUGAUUGUAAGGGGUUACUAUUUUAAAGCAUUUAAUUUACCCCGAUCAUCAGCUUGUAGGGAGUGUUAUCGGUGUAUCACCUGAGGCCCAAAGAUAACGCAAAUAGCAAUCGAAAAGGAAUAUUAAUAUAUGACUAUACCGUCUUCU